AAGGAAUUGUCCUUCCUUAACAGUCAUCAAGUAAUAGCCUUCCAUUUUACUGUGGUCAAUGACACUGAGCCGGAGGAUAGCGAAGAGAUAUUCAGUAAUACAUUCCCAGACAUUCCGUUGAGUACGUUACGUUUACUUGAUGAAUCAUCACUAAUUCUGAUUCGCCAUCAAUUUCGUGCCUAUUUGGGUCCUGUAUAUGCAAUUGUUGGUUUUCGAAAAUUUGGUGUAGAAAAUGCACUGAGACAAAUCUUUCCGAGGAGAAAUCUUGAUUAUGAUUAUUAUCUUUGAUUGACUGUUUCACAAGCACAGUUCAAAUGAAUUUCGAUAAGUGAUUCAAUUGUUUUGUCAACAGUUAGAGCCAUAAAGAUAUUGUUUAGACGAUGUGAUCCUUCACAAUUAUCCUUAUUAAAUUUUCU